AUGCGUUUCAGUGUUCUUGUCAUCGUCGCUCCCUUCGUGGCGACCACCAUCGCCAUCCCCAUCACUACUGCCGCCGCUGACAACGGCAACGACCAUGGACACAACGUCACCUUGAGCAAUGACGGCGCCCCAACAGUCGUCUUGGACCAUGUCGUCCUUCAGCCUGACAUUCCAGUCGAGAUUCUCACGGAGGAGUUCGUCAAGGACUCUACUGCGGUCAUGGUCCCAGUCGAGAAACGCGGGGUCAAAGGAAUAGCUCUCUUUUUUCGUGCGAUUUUCUGUUUUUUCGGUUUGAGUUUCGGUGAGAAAUGUGAGACCAAGAAAACAGCACAGCAUGUGUAG